UUGGCUCAGGAUUGGUGCGUUCGAGAGGCCCCGAUCGUUUUACCCUCCGUUGAAGUUUUUACGGUCUCGCUCGACAUCAUGGAGCUCGACAACAACACCAUGGCUGCCGCGAUCGCCGUCGUUGUCAUCGUUGUAUUGAUCUUCCUCGGCAACAAGGUGAUGAACAUGAUUAUAGCGGACGACCAGAAUGAGGACCCGAAGGGCUCCAAGUGGGUGGGGAGCGAGCAGGUCACGACGGAGGAAGCGCCGCCGCCUCGCCGCCGCCGCGAACGAGUCCAACAAGGACAAAUGACGCAUCGGCCUGGAUCCGUUUCAGCUCGCUGUCUGGCGCUUAUAGAUUCUGGUGCAUUCCCGUCUUCCGUCGUGCUUUCCCACGCUGAGUGACUGUACAGCAUGGCCCGCCACAUCUAUUACAGCACCUGCACCAGUUUCAAUUGAACGGCUACCAUUUAAUUAUCGGGUGACCGACCCACUUUGCUAUACGUUUGACUGGUAGUCGCCGCUUUCCAGGUCCUCGGAAGACGCCUACACACGCACAUCGUCUGGAUACAUGCCAGGUAACCUAGUGCUUGAGUGAGACCACGACCAACUGCUUCAUUACUUUUUGGCAACUGCUGCCGAGUAUUCGGCCCUGCGGCAAAUGCACUACCGUACCAGCGAAGCACUCUGUUUGGCGCCCCUUCAUGGUUCGCAUGUGCCCCCCGACCCGUUCAACAGCAGGGGCCCUCUGGGCGCAAGCAGCAGGCGUCCGUGCGCAGGCGGCCGUUCCUUUCGCUGGGGGGCGCUGGGCGCGGCGACGCCGCGGUUCAAGACAGGAUCGCGUGCUGCGCAUGGCCACGCGGCAGUGCUGUGUGUGCCACGGUUGGGGAUAAUACGGACGGACAGAUGAGGUAGGAUGAUCAGGGCUUCAAUUUGCGGAGCGCGUUCGACUUCAAUCCACGGCGUGCCGCGUGUUGAAAAGGCUCGGGUGAGGUGCGAGCGCGCCACUCUGCCUCUGCUGCUUGUCUUCUCCACUUCCUCCUCGAUCGUGCGGCCUCGCCUCUGCCCAGGUCUUCUGGCAGCGCGAGCGCUGCUUGCAGGUCUGUGGGACCCCGGAUCUGUCCUGGCGCGCG